GCCAUGUCAACAGCACUUCAGUUUUCACAGAAGCUGAGAUCUGAAAUGUUGAACAACUUCAACUUCAUUGAUGUGCAGAGAAGGGUUUGAGUAUAUAAGCAUGUUGUUUGAUGUGCAUGUUGACCCAUCAAAUAUUUAAUAAACAUUUAAUAAUUUGAUGGGAAUUUUAAUGAGCUGUUCAUCUCAGAGGAACUGAAAGCUCUGGGAUAGUUUUCCAAUGUAUUUCUCCAUUUUCUGGAGUUCUGCCCUUGAUGUCCUAACUCAGGUAAUGAACAUAAUAUUGAUCAGUACCUUCAGUAUGUUGAGGUAUAUUUCAAUAUCAAACUCUUAUCUUGAAGUCAGAGAUGUUUUAUGUAUGAUAUCACAUUCAAAGUUGCUAAUUCCAUUUAGAUUACAAUAUCAAGUAUAUAUAUCCUGCCUGCUAAAUGCUAAAUUUGCUUUUUCAAUAUUAUGUAAUAGAGGAUUUAAAACAUUAUAAUCUUAAUUUCUUAGUUUUUGUCAGAAGUGCCUAGCUUAUUCCUUUCCAGUAAUAUUAUUAAAAAUUAACAUAUGAUGUCCCUUUUAUUCAUCAGUGACUACAAACUAACAUAAAAGCAACUUAACAGAAAGCAAUUGAUGUUUUCUGUAGUUAUUAAUAUUAAAUUAGAAAUACAUAAUGAAUUAUAAAAUUCAAGGAACAAGUUUGACAAUGAUUUGGGAGGGAGGGACCACAAAACUAGACUCUUCUCCUGUAUCACUUUCUUAUUUCAACUUAAUUUUAUGCAGUGUACCCGAGAAGAACAAAAAAAAAUCUAUAUCAUCUAACAUUAUGUCCUUCCUUCCUUUCAUUACUUGGAGAUUUUCAGGGGAUGUAAUCUUCCAUUUCCCUGUUUCACAAACACUAAUUCAUCAGUUUUCCAAUGAAAUUAUAAAAUUUGAAUAGAUAUUGUUUUUACUGGCUACAUUGUAUUCCAAUCAGUGAAUAAUCUUGUUUUGCCAAUUUUCCAACUGAAUGUUUUCUUUCUCUUCAUAAUUUUCUUUUUGUUAUUAUAAAUGGAAUGAAGUGAACAUUUUGUUCAUAAUUAUGUAUCUACAUUGGUUAGUAAUGUCUCAGGAAUUUUUAUUAAAAGUAAAGUUUUUUGGUCAAUGCUGUUCAGAAUAUUUUUUUCAGAUAUUUUAAAGUAGGCAAGACUUUCAUCUAUUGCGAUUAUUACAGUUUUAUUGUUUGGUUGGAUUAAGGAGAUAGAGGACUCCAGGGUGCUUUAUCCUGUGAUUCUUAUAAAUGUUUCAAAAAUGGAUAAAUGAUAAAUUUAUUUUGGUAAUCCUUGCUUUGAGAAUUUUCUAAUUAUCGUAAUUUUUGAACUGAGGUGAGCUGAUGACUGGGUAGAAUCCUCAUACAUUGUUCAACCCAUAAAAUUGCUGUUCUGUUAUGUGAUGAAAAAAAUAUUUUCAGAUAUUUUUGAUUGAUUAUUUGAUGACUUAAUUGGAGAUUUUAGAUCCUUCUCAAAGUGUGUAUACAUUUACUUAUUCAACAACAAAAUUAUUCAUGUUAUAGUGCUAGGAACAGGAGGGAAGAAAAAGAGAGAGAAUUCCUCAAUUUGCUCACUAUCUAGCAAUAUAAAGACAUAUAUUACCUGUGGUAUGCUGAAAAGUGGUGGCUUCUAACAACAGGGUAUCAAAACACAAAAGAACAUACUACCCUUGUCUUUUAAAGGUAGAGCUGGGGGCUGGGACUGCAAUCCAUAGGCUGUUGUACAAUCCAGCACUGCUUUAAGUGCCUUUUCUGUGAUUGCAGUCUGACUCCUGAUGUUUCUAUCUUGCUCUGAAUGGAUUGACAAAUUGAUUUCACACUGCUUCCUCUGAUGGCCUUUCUUUAUGUCAACAUCUUACACUGUAGAAAUUAUUAAACAGGAAUCAUUUGGGCAGGUAGUAUCCAGGCAGGGAACACCUUCCCCCUCCGCCUUCUUCCCGCCUAUGUGCGGCUUAGAUGCAUGAAUGUGAAUGAAGUUGACUAACGGGGUUCAGUGCCAAUUUCUCCAUUCCAUGUUAUCAGUCGUAGGUCUCAAUUUCUCGCACAUGGACUAUUCUCCAUUGAUGGAUUUCCUUCUUGCGUACGUACUGUUUUGACUUAGAGUGUCCCCUGAUCCCAUGCAGUUUGCAAACUGCUGGUUGCUUUCCCAAGGGCAGAGGUUGUCCCUGGAGGCUGCAUUUCAUGCUUCAAUUAUUCAAAUAGUCCCUUGUCUCUGGAACAGGGGUACCCUUGAGCGUACUCUGGAGAUGCAUAUGUGGAAAGCAGGUCUCUCAAGGUGGGGAGGCUGCAUUGGACAUGGUGUUGUUUUUGAGCCAAACAUUAUUAUUUUUGGCCAGUUGGUGGUUUUCUUCUCCAUCUCAGAGAAUUGAAUUAUUAAUGUGGUGGAGUGAGCUGUGUAGCUAUUUCAGGGUACUCAUUUGCUAGAUUACCUGUCCUAAAGAAUGCUAAAUGGAAUCCUUUCUUUUCUGUAAAGUUUAUCUUCAUCUAAAUUUGCUUGCAGUGUACAUAGUGUACAUAGACAUGUCAUUUCUCAAUAUGUGCAUAAUUGCACAUGAGGGAAGACCAUAUGCUAUUCCUUUUUAGAAGGGAAAUGUUUGAAAUUCUUACAACUCUUUUGGGUUGAGAAGACUUGUCCUCAGUGAUACUAUUAGUCAAGGGUCCAGUGGCAAGUCAUGCAAGUGUUUUAUUCCAGGAGAAGUCAAAGAUCAUAAUUGAUUUUUCAGGCCAGGAUUUCUGUGAUUGUGGGGUUACCUGACAUCAAUUGGCACCAAGGAUGAAGGACAUUGGUUUGAUAAAUGAUUUGUUCACUCUCUGCCCUGCUGUGGGAAGGGAAGUUUUCUUUUUAAAAGUUACACUACAAUAGUAUGUUCCUAGUUAAGUGGAUAUGUUAUCUUGGUGACAAAGGAAAAGAAACAGUUAUAUGCCUCUGUGUGAUUGUUACGUGACCAUGUGUGGCAUUCCAGGGAAAGGACCUGUUAGAUGACAGGCAAGGCAUACAACUCACUUUUCCACAGAAAAUAACUUGACUUUCACUGGCGCAGAUCAUUGUUGAAAAGAACACCCAUGUGCUGCUGGGCUGUAAACCUUCUGAUUCCUGCAUGUGAAUAGGUUCUGGCCCAUUUUAUUAAAAUUUUGGCCUUCAAUUCUUUGCAAGGUGAAAUACAAAAAAAAAGGGGGGGGACUAGGUGAGAAAUGGGUUCUUAGUGGAUUUACUUUGUAUUUACUGAGUGCUUCUGAUUUUGAAAAGUUCAGAUCCAUGGACCAUAAGAUCAAAGUAAAGGAUGGCUUCUUAAGGAAUACUCAAGUAUUCCUGAUCAGGAGCUACUGAUUACACUCUUUCCUCUUUAGAGUGUACUUUAUGAUUUUGAACAAUCUACUGAGAACAGUAUGUGAAUUAUAGAUAGAUCAAUACUAUGAUAAAGCUUUCAGUUAAAAAAUUAAGAGUAGAACAGCACAAAAUACCAUCAAAAAGGGAAAGAAGAAAGAAUAAACUAUCUACCAUAUACUUUUACAUUGGUUCUUUUUAGUGAUACAUAGCUUUAGGACUCAUUUUGAUAAAAUUAUACAAGAACGGAAUAUAAUUUUUUCUAAUCUUGUCCCUAGUACUUCCCAUUUUCUUUCCCUCCUCCCUCCCCCUGUUCCCUUUCCUCUGCUCUACGGAUCCUUUUGAUAUUUACUUGUAGAUUUUUGUUGUUGUUGUUAAUUAGUGUCUUGUGGAUGUACAUGGUGGUGAGGUCCUCUGUGGCGUAGUCAUAUAUUUACAUAGGAAAGUUAGGUCGGAUCAUCCCACUGUCUUUCUCUAACCCCCUCCUCCCCUCCUUUCAUUCCCCUUCAUCUACUCUACUGAUCUUUCUUCUCUCUAGUAAGUGAAGAGAUUCAUUUUAAAAUUUUUUGCCUUAGUAAAAAAAUCCCAUUAAAAGCUAUAACUGUACUUCAUUUUUUCCUCUCCAUUUACAUAUUGUGACAUAUUCUUUAAAGUACUAUCGAAGUUUGUUAAUGCCACUUAGAAGGAUUAACUAUUCCAAAUUAGUCCUAACUGAAUCACUUUCUUUUUGGGCCCAGUUCUUCCAAGUCAGGUGCUGGAGGUUUGUGUAUGUCUGUGGUAUGGUGUUCACCAGCUCUGGGCAUGAGUGGAUUUGGGUUCUUUAUACAAAGGGACAAGUAUAAUUCUUACCAUCAUUAAGAUUAUAAUCUAAUUGGAAGCGAAAGAGUACCAUUCAAGAAAUCAUUGUAAAAUGUGACAAUGAGUAUAUUACUAGUGCCAGUUUGUCCUCACUUCAGUGACUGUGCUGUGGGCAGCAGGGAGAGAGGUAGCUGGAAUGAAGAGACUGAGACAGGGCAGAUGAUGUGCCCAUAAGGACUGGGCAGGUAGUGGGACAGGUGUGCAUCCCCCACCUGGAACACCAUGUGUUCAUUUCCUACAGCUGCCUUAACAAGCUACCACAAAUUAGGUGGCUUUAAAAAGCAAGUUUAUUCCAGUUCUGCAGAAUUGAAGCCUGUAACUGGGGCAUCAGCACGGCCACCACCCCUGUGAGGUCUCUGGGGAAGAAUCCUUUGGCCCUUGGGCUUUUGGCAGUUGCAGGCAUUUCUUGGCCCUUGAAGCAUCACUCCAGUCUCUGCCUCUAUGACCCUGGCUGUUUUCCCUCUGCAUUGUGAAUGUGCCCAACACUCCGUCUCCUUUACAGUAACUAGUCCAGCUUAGAGUCCACCCCAUCCCAGUGUGACCUUUUCCAGACAGGAUUACAUCUACAAAAGACCCUAUUUCUAAAUAAGGUCACAUUCACAGUUUCUGGGUGGUUGUGGAUUUGGGGGCAGGAGGAACACUAUUUAACCCAACACACACAGAUUAAGCAAUAAAAUAAUAAAAUAUUCUCUGUCUUGUUUUUUGACAAAAUCUUUUUUUCUUUUUUUAUUUAUUAAUUUUUAAAUUUUAGCUUGUGGAAACUCCCACAAGAAUUCCCACUUACCCUUGGGCAAAACAUGGAUAAAUCUGGUCUGAAAGUUAGUAUUGUGUGGUGGAUUAGAUCUUGGCAGAAUUAUUACUCCCAAAGAGACACUGGUGUCAACCAGAAGAAGGUUUUGUGGCAUGCUGCAUGUCCCUUUUUAGUACCUUGGGGCUGUUCAAGUUUUUGGUCGAUGGUAUGAGUGAAGAUAAUAUAAGUUAUGUGUAUCUUACUGGAGGAUAGUGUGUGGUUGUUUGAAAAAUUUCAGCCAGUCAAGAUGUUAAAUAUAUUUUUAAAGUAUGUAAAAGAAAUGAAUGUGAAGCCUGGCGUAGUUAUAAAAUGAAGUGUACAAUUGCAUCAUCAGAGGCUAUCAGCUUAGUGACAAUAUGUAUUUACAUAAUCAACAGUGAUAUCAGUAUGAAUGGCUCCUCAAAAGUAAUGUUACCAGAGGAUGCAUUAAUGGAAUGAGGGAGGUCAUCAUGUUCGCCUACACUGAACUGGUCCAAUUAUACUGAAAAUAAGUGUGCUCAAGAUAGGAUUACCAUAUAUUAAAAGCAGCUUGAUGGACAAAUUGGAAUGUAUUCAGAAGCUAAUGGCUGGGAUAUAAAAAAUGACUCACUAUGACAUUACCUGAGGGAGGGAAGAUGGAAUUUGGAAUGUAAGUCUGAAGAACAGAUGGGUAUGCUUAACAAAUAAACUUAAUUUUUAAAAAAUUUUUGAAUGUGGUUUGGGUAUGUAUUUAUUUAGGAGAAGGGUUUAGCUUAGGCUGUAUUGACUCAAGAGGCCAAAUUUGCCCAGAUCAAUCACUACUUCUGUAAGGUCCAUUGUUGAUACCCUACAAUGAGACCCCUCUGUAGAAAUCCAUGGACCACCUGGAAGAUGACAAGUUCCCUGGGAUUCCAAGUGCUCAAGCUUGGAGGCACAGGUGUUUCAAAGUUGUCAACUUCUGACGAUUGAUGGAAUUGUGUUAUGAGGCCUCUGAGAGUCUUUAGCCUUCAAGUUUUAUAACUUCUUUUAAAAGAAAGUGCUAUAAAACUGUGAGAUUUGGAUCAGGCAUAAUAAUGUUGAUUACAUAUUUUAACCUCCUUUUAUUGUUCAAAUCAAUAUGGUAAGAGAGAAAAGGUGGUGAAAUUGAGAUGCUGCAGUCUAGGAUCAUAGCCCUGUGAGAUCCACUUCAGAUAGGACUAUAUAUCUUAUCAAUAGAGCAUUUUGAAAGGUGGAGAGUCAUAUUAUUCAAAGAAACUGCUAUAUCUUAGAGGAUAACCUAUAUUUCUUAGUUCAAAUAUUCUCAACAUUAGAAGUAACCCAAGAGUCUAAUUAUUUCAAAUUUCAGAAAUAAUCUGGUUCAAUAUUUUUAUCUUACAAAGAAGCCAUACUCCAUGUCAGUUAUAAAGUGCCAUUCACAUAUUUUAAUAGUUUCUAUGACUCUAAUAUGUUUUACAAUCCCUUUAAAUGCUUUUCUGUUCCAGUACUGAGGAUCAAAUUCAGUACUUAGUGCACAUCAGCCAAGUGUUCUACCAUUGAGCUACAACCUCAGACUCUCUUGAAAUAUUCUUAAUAUAAAAUAUAUUACUUCCAAUAACUUUUACCUAAGGAAACAAGAGCUCUGAACCAUAAGGCCAAAGUUGAAUGCAAAAGGAACAAGCACUAGAGGUAGAAAUUCAAUUUCUAAUAUUAAUAAUAGUUAAUAGCAGUUUAGGAAACAUUCAUUCAUUUAUUUAUCCACUGAUUCACUGAAGACUUAUAGAGCAGCUACUCUGCCAUUAGUAACAGGAAUGUAAAGUGGAUCUUAAAUCACCAUUGAUCUUGAACACACAAUCUAGUACAGGAGAAAUCAUUUUAUACAAUUUGGGGAGGAAUACACAAAGUGCACGGAGAUGCCACAGAGCAUCAGAUUCGCUGUGGGAAGAAAAUGUCAAUGAGUAGCUCAUAUUUUUGUUCACGUGUACAUGGUGCCUAUUUGGUUCUAUAAGUACAGAAACUUGUCUAUGUUAUUUUAUUGAAAGGAAAGAGAUAACUACAGAGAUUCAGAAGCAUGUAACUGCAAGGCUCAGAUAGUGUGGCAGUCAGCUUUUCAUAGCUGUGACCAAUAAGAACAACCUAGAGGGAAAAACUAUUAUUUUGGCUCAUGGUUUCAGAGAUUCAGUUAGUGGUCAAUUGAACCAUUGCUUUGGACCUGAUAUGAGGCAUAACAUCAUGGCGGAAGGGGUGGUGGAGAAAAGCUGCUCAGGACACAGAGGCAAGGAAGCAGAGAAAAAGAGAGGGAGGAGCCAGGGGCAAGAUAUAAUCCCCAAAGGCAUACCCCCAGUGACCUACAUCCUCCAGCCAACAGUUACUGCCCACUACGGUAGUCCUUUUAAAUUAUUAAUCCUUCAAAUGAACUAAUCCACUAAUUAGAUUAUAGCUCUCAAAAAUCUAAUGAUUUUGCUUCUUAACAUUCCUACAUUAGCAGAAAUCUGGGAGAACACCUUCUAUCCAAAUCAUAAGCGUUACCUAAGCUCAAGUUCCUCGUUUAUCAAUAGACUUUCUAAAAGAGGGGAAAAUUCUUUAAGAAAAAGCUCCCCAAACAUAUGCUUCUAGGCAAAGUUCAAUUUUCAGCCUUUGGAGAAAUCCCGAAGAAAACCUAAUCAAGCACUUACAUGUGCUACUUGUGUUUUAGAUUUAACACUCUUUCCUCUUGACUGCUCAGGAUAAACAAUUGGAUUACUUGACACGACUAUAGAGAGUGGAUUAGUUAAAUUUGGGCUUUCUCUUCCUCUCAAGUCAAUGAAAGGCAUGAGCUCUCCCAUGUUGAAAUGGUUCAGAGUGUUUCCAGAAGCUCAUAAAUUUUGCCUUUGGUGUGCUUUUUUUUUUCUUUUAUUUUCUAGAACAAAUACUAUAACUCUUAUUGGCAAAAAAUGCUGAUUGAGGAGAGAGUAAGUCCAAUAGGAGAAUAAAACUUUCAUUUCAGAAAUUAACAUAAUCAAAAUUAUUUCUGUGAAAUCAAGUAGGAGUAUAAAUUUUAAGUGUACAAACUUAAGACACUGCUCUGGCCACCCAUCAGUAUUUUGUUUUGCUUCACUGUUGUGGACAGUCAUUGGAAGUAGUGUACAUGGAACUCUGUAUCAGUCAGCUGUACUCAGACUGUUCUGUUUGUUAAAUGCUUUCCAUCAUCGUGACAAAAAAAAACAACUUGAGAUAAUUAACUUAUAAGUAGAAAAGUUGGUGUCACAGUUUUGCAGGUUUCAGUUCACAGUUGGGUGGUCCAUUGCUCUGGGUCCUUUGGUGACACAGAUGAUCCUGGCAGGAGUGGGUGUGGCAGAGGGAGCUGCUCAGCUCCUGAUACCUGAGAAGCAAUAGAGAAAGAGGAGAGGUCACAGUCCUAUUUUAUCCCCUUCAAGGGUAAACCACCUAUUUUUUUUUUCUGCUGUGACUAAAGGAUCUGACCAGCACAAUGUUAGGGGAGGACAAGUUUAUUUGAGGACUCACAGUUUCAGAGAUCUUAAUCCAUAGAAGGUGGCUCCAUUCUUCGGGGCUCAAGGUGAGGCUGAACAUCAUGGCAGAAGAGUGCGGCAGAGGGAAGUGAUCACUUUUCAGUGAUCACUGAAUUAAUUCUUCCAUGGACCCCUGGGAGGAUUCUCUAGUUUCUCCUGUGAUUGGUCUUCACCUCCUCUCUAUGCCCGUCUGUGUUGCAUGAAGACAAGGCUAAUUCCCCUGAAACACAAGUUGAAUUGCAGCAUCUGUUUGAGACACCACCACGCUGCCACAGAUACUUACAGCAUAGCUCCCAGUUGACACUGAAGGAUGUCUGAAUCCCUCAGCCCAAUCAUGAGGUUUUGUACAACCCAUCUUUUGACUUAUUGCUCGCUUGUUGUUGUUGUUAUUUUCUCCAUGGCCUCCAGCAAGCUGUUCAUCUGAAGUUCCCUGAUAUUGUUCUGCUCACCUGUCCCUUCUUCCUCUCCCUAGAUCAUCCCUUUCUUUCUGUCCCAGUGCUAUUGAAAAUCUGGUCCUUCCUUGUGGACCAACUAGAACAACCCCAUUAGACCAUCUCCUCUCACUGCAGUAAGGAAAAAAAAAACUGAUUGCUCCUAAGAGGAGCCAAGAAAUAUUGUGUGUCUGCUCUUCUUGAGGACAUUACUUCCUGCAAUCUAAGGAUUACACAGUGAGAAGGAUUUGAAGUUGGAAGUCAAAGAAUCCGGUAUUUUCAUCCAAAGCCUUUCAAAGUGACCUUCUGUUUUUCUCGUUUAUAAAAUGUCAACAAUGAUAAUAACUGUCCUAAGAUUUUUAUGAGAGUUGUCAAAUACAUAGGAAAAGUGUUUUAAAACAAAUGCUUUUUUUAAAAGCCUAGUUCCUUUUAAAGAUUAGUUGCUUUGAAUUUGAUUGUUAACAUCUUUAUCCCUUCCACAAUACCUUACAUAAUGUUGGCUUUUCAAAAUUGUCAUUGACUAAGUAUUUGUGGAUUUGUAAAUCUGUAAGUUUCAACUUACAAAGCAUUCUUACCAGGAGUGCUCCCUUGUCAGACUCAUCUCUCAUAUAAAUUGAGAACUGCCUUGAUUUGGGAACUGUUUCAAAACAGUGAAACAUAGAGGAAGUUAAAAUAUCUAACAUUUCUGCAGCUUGCUAUCUUGUAGAAGUAGAAUGGCCUUCAAUGAGUUUUUUCCUUUGCCAAGUGAAUCACUCAAUCCCAAGAAAAUGUUUAGUGUCCUCAGGUGAAAUUAGCAAUAUGACUUAAGGGAGUGUCUUUUAUCUUCAUGUGGAAUCUAUCCUCACCUCUUGAGAUCUUACAAAGGCCAAGAAUUAGUUAAAACAAUUGUUCACAAGGAGUAAAAUCCACAGGGAAUCAUAAUGAGGAAGAGGCGAAAGUGGGCCACCGAGGGAGCAUUUGGAGAACAGAUGGAUUCCAUCAGGAGCAAAGCUGUGCCUGGCCCCAGGUGUAAGCCCUGGGUUCAGAGGUGCUGGCAAUGGCAAUCUAAUUCAGGGAGAGGUCUGACUCCGGUUCUGCUUCAGUCAAUAAAGUGGAAAAGCCCAGAUCAGAGUGCAAAGAAGGCAGGCACAGCACCCUGGCAAAUCCCCGAAGAUAACACCCACAGAGAGGCCUCUGGGAACCUCCUGAUCUUAGAUUGGAGUCUCACAUUCCUUAUCUCACUUGAUCCCUUUAACACCCCGCUGGGAUAAAAAGGGCAGGGUUCAUUAUCCUCUUGCUAAAUAGGAAAGAGAGAGAUGCAUGACCAAAGUCUCAGCUUCCCUCUCCUAGACCACAAGGUAUUUUCUAACAAUGCCAAGGGAUGUGUGCAUCUUGAAAGAAAAUGAAACAAAUAAACAAAAACCUUUUUCAUGUUGGUCUUGCAGAGUUUUAGGGCCCCAUGUUAGCAGUUCUAUUGUGCUUAAACUGCUUGAAGAUGCUGUGGGUCUUUCUCUAAAUCGUAGUUCCCAAACUUAAGGACAUCAGUUUUUCCUUCUUUCCUUUGUUCUUUCCUCAUCUGAGUGAUGUCACAAACCAUCAGAGGGUCUGGACAGCUACCAAUUUAAUUUAAAAGGUUCAGAUAGGCCAAUCACGAGAAUGGGAACAUUCUAGACCAUGAAGUAGAGUGAACAAAAUCAAGACAUUAAAAAAAAAAAAACAUUUAUGUUGCUAGUAUGAAUUGGAAUAUCACAAAGUCCUACAUUUGCUAAGUUUUUAUUGUGAAUUGAUUAAUAAUCUUUUACGCAAUUAAGAGCAGCCAGUUGACCUGGGCAGGGGUGUGAAACUAUCUGAAACAUAUCCAUGGAUAAGCCUGCCCAAAUCUUCAAUUCUAGGUUCAGAAGUCACUAAAAAAGAUCAGAUCUCCAGGAGAAUGCAAGUAGACUAAACAGGUCCCUUGGUUUAUCCUCACCUCCCCUCUUCCAGCACAGAAAACAGCUCUGACACAGGAGAAAGAAAAAGUAAAAGCAGGUUUGAAGCAGAAAGCAGGAGGUUUGGGGUAAGCUGGGACUACCACUGAUGGAAGCCACUUUAAAUUUGAAACUCACAGGCAGAGUACACCUCUCCAGGGCGUGCACCAGCUAGGGCUCCAGCAGCCUCAGGGUCACAUGCAAGGUGAACCAUGCCAAGAGAGGACUGCAUUCAGCUCAGAGGUUUCAGGAAGCUCCAGGAAGUGGAGUCCAGAAGUCAGCCAGAAAGGGACAGAGGGCAAGGGAGGAGGGCCAGCCCCAGGGAGGGGCACUGCAGUGAAGCAGGUAAGGUUCCUGGGGAUGGGUUGAAACUGCAGCUGAAACUGAGGGCAUUGCCAAGGCCAGAUCAUCUGUGUGGAAGUUCAUAGGAUCCUGCCGAGCAGCCGGUGGCGAUCACCUGAGGAGUACAUUGUUUGCUUUCAGUGAAGUACAGACAAGAAGAGAACCAUUUAGAGCAAGAGCCAGCAUUGAGCCAAGAAAAAGGAGGACCCAGGAAGGUGGAAGUCUCUUCCUAGGCUCUGCUGUCAGAGAUUGUGAGAUUCUCAUUGGCCCCAGCCAGGCAGGGCAGGGCCAGAACAAGAGAGAACAUUUGAAGGCUGUGACAGUCCUGUCAAUAUGAAUCCUUGAGGAGACGGGCUUGACAAAACCCUAGACCUGACUCACUUACAGUUUUGUUUUGUUUGCCAUUAGGAAAAACAGGUAGAAAGAGAAAAACAUCUUGAUGAAUGUGUGUUGAGACUUUGAGCCAUUCAUGUCACUCAAAAAUUAACAUCUGGAAGAAGUCUCAAGUGCCUUUUAUCUUCAUUUAAAACGAGUACUCUGAAAUCCACCCACAGGAGACAGGGAAGAGUGAUGGGGUAGGAAUUUCUGGCUGCUUCUUCUUCCCAGGUAGACUAGCCUUCAGACCCCAGAGAGGACUUGUUGGGCCCCCAAGUGAAUCUCCUACCUCAGAUAUCAUCCAUGCUACCUUCUUGGAAAUUGGGUUCUUUAGCCAUGGUUCGUCUCCAUCUCAGAUGGUCACAAAUCUCCUCUUUAGAUAGUUCUUCAAAGGCUUAUUGAGCAUAUGUCUAGCACUUGCUAGGUGCUGGAGAAGGGAUGGUGGUGACAGUCCUAAGGAGCUGGCCCUCAGCCCCGUGGGACAACAGCUUGGAAAGCGUGGCUUAUGAGGAAGUAAGGUCUGACAACAUACAGAUGGGGGACCAGGGUGACCUUGGAGGGCUUUGGGGCAAGGUGAUGCCCACACACAGCUGCUGCAGUCUUGGCUGGGCACAAAAUCACGAGCCAUUCAAGCAGGAACAAACUUUAUUUUUGAAACUCCCGCCAAUUCCAUGCACUCUCCCGGGAAAUAUACCGAACCACACAUGCGGGUGUUCUCCCGGGCCACACUACACCAACAGACAAAUCCCUCCUCCGGAAAUCCCUCCUACCGCACUUCCCCAACCAAUGGGAACUCUCCGGGAGUCCCGCUAGAGCUCCAAAGUAGCAGGCUGAGGCGGACAGCAGGGGUCUAAUAUCCAUUUGAAUGCAGAUCUUAGCAUAAUCAUAUCAUCUCAAUGGCUUGCUGGUGUCACCUUUCAACCAAAAAUGCCAUGCAUCAUUCCUACUUGGCUAUGGCUCUCAGCACACAGCUUCCACUGAGCAAGUGAUAUGUUUUUUGUUUUUUUCCUGAGUCAAUUAGGCUAGAGAGAAAGAUAUAGAAGAGAUGGAAAGUGGAGACAGAGAGGGGGAAGAGAAAGAUAAUAGGAGGGGAAGAAAAAAGGGAGGUGGGAGGGAGAACACGCUGUCCCUGGUAUUUCUGCUCCACAAAAGCCCCAAACAAGCACAGGUGCAUCUGAAACCAAUUCCAGGUGAAAGACUAGCAGAGACUCAGUGCAGCACCAAGAGGCAGUCAGAUCAAUUUUUACCUGUUUCAUAUUUCAUUUGGACUUUCCCCUAAUUUAUGUUUAAAAGCAUCAUUUAAACAGUGAAAUGCCCAUGUUUUCCUGUUGACUUUCCUGGAUGUGAUAUGGCUAUCUGGUCUUCACCUCUUUGUUUCAGCCAGGUUAUUCCCUGGCCCAUCUUAAUCAUGAGAGCAGCUCACCUCUUGUCCUUUGUUUUGAUGGGGACAAUGCUUCUGCCAUGCCACUCUGUGUCCUGCAAAGUCUAAGAAGAAUUUCUGCCAAGAGGAGAAUUUCUCUUGCUCCCAGGGGAGCAGCCUUUGCUUUCCUCUCCCUGCUGUAUGCAGAGCUCUGUGGCAGAACAGCGGGCCACAGAAUAAGGUGUCAGAUGUGGUCAGGGUCCUGAAGAUAUUUAUAAAGUGGGGCAGAGAGUCAAGACAGAGACUCAGAGAAUGGAAAUGAGGAUUCGGGGGCUAGAUAGCAUUAGAGUAUACCAGAGAUUUUCGACCCAGACACACUUCACUGUGAGGCUACCUUGGGCUUUGUAAGAUAUUUAGCAGCACGGAUGCCCUCUGCCCCCUACAUAUCAAUAGCACCUUCCUAAUAUAAUAAUUACCUAUGUCUAGCCAUUGCCACAUGCCCCAGUGAGGAGCAAAAUCUUCCUUAGUUGAAAGCAACUAGUGCAGACAGUGAGUUCAUCAGAGGGCAGCUGACAGGCAGCUUGCAACUAUCAGAGGGAAGGCCAGAUCUCACCAAUGACCCCUAGUGGGGUGUUUUUCAUAGAUGUCACAGGGUGAGGGAAGUCUUCCCUGGAGAGGGCUAUCUUUGUUAUAAGCCCCUCCUAUUUGUAUAACUCUACCUAGCAUCAUAUUAAUUCAGCCCUGUUGCAACUCUUUUCAUUUUAUUUCCUCCGUGCCUCCCUCCCUUCCUUCCUGUCUCAGUUUGGGUACCUAACUCCUUCUCUCUCACUGAACAGAGCUCAGGUGUGAGACAAUGCCUGCACUUUCAGAAUGUCAGAAUAGCAUCCUUUGUGUCUGCUGCCUCUACCAGGGAAGGCAGGUUUCACUUGACAUCUACCUGAUGUUCCUGCCAGGAUCGGCAGGUUGCCCUCUGGCAAUUUGCCUUCCCCCACACUCAACUUUGGUUUUGCUGUGGAACUGCAUCCUGUCUGUGUCCUGUGGUGAGUCUUUUUUGUUGUUACAUUUUGCUCCAUCCUGAAAGCAGUGUGGGCCUGCUUUUCAAAGUCUCCUCAACUUGAAGGGCAGUUGAAUUGUAUUUGGGGGUAAGAGAAGGUAGAUUAUCAUAUUGUGUAACAUAUGCAAAUAUGUUACAAUGAAUCCCACCAUUAUGUAUAAUUACAAUGCACCACUAAACAAAUUUUAAUUCAAAUGAAGCAAAACAAACACAAAGGAGAGAUACCUGGUAGAGAAUUUUUAUGGUAGAGAGACCAAAAGAACAAAAUUGAUGCAGGGAGGACUCUAUAAAUACACAAAUAAAAAUCUUUGCUAUUAUAUUAAUUUCCCCCUGAGUUCACUUGGGAAGUGCCUAAAGCAACUGGAAUUACUGUAAAGACCACAUUUAAAAGGACUGGUGACAAGAAGAGGCAGUGGGGCCAGCAGAGCGCAACCAGAGGGGAAUGGUAAUUGCUAGAGGAGGUCUGGGUCUAUUGCAAAGAAUUUAAGUAGUGAGUAGGCCACAAAAUGAGUUUAUUGCCUUAGUUUAUUUUUUCAUCCUGGUGCUGAGCUCAUGCUUUGCUCAUCCUUGGAAUACCCAAAUUUUUUUGCCAACUCUCAAAUUCGAAGUUGGUAGGGGGGAGGAUGGCACUCUGCAAUUAGACUUCCUUGGCAAAUAUUUUCUAUUCCAAUCAUGCAAAGGCUUCCAGUUGAAUAAAGCAUGCUGGGCUGACACAGGCCAUCUUUUGCAAGUGUCCUAAUAUUUAGACAAAGAUGAACUUCAUUGGAAGAUACCCUGGUAGUUCAGAUCUAGCAAGACCCAGAGUGCAGACCUCAUCCUCCUCAAACCUCCAUUUUAGGCAAGUCGUUUGUGGCUCCACAUUCACGCCUUCUCUAGAGAAGAUUUAUGUUCUAAUAUAUCAUCUUUCAAACUGAGUAUAGGGUGUGGUUUUGGCUCUCUAUAGUCUUGCAUCCUUGAUGUUCAUGGAAGAUCAUAAAUUAGUUGGGCUUUUCAGAUCCUGCAACUGAGACAUGAAUUGUGAUAGAAGUAGGAAAGAAGUUAGAUCUGCACAACUGUGUGUGUGUGUGUGUGUGUGUGUUCGUGUAGAGGGUAGACAUGAUCUCAAUGCAAUCCUUAUAUAGAUUUAAAGACAAGAGUGUAAGUUUUCUUCUCAGAAUUAUAGGUCGAGAGUUUUAAAAGACAUUUAAGACUGACCAAGUUAAUUUGUGUGUCUCAAGAAGACCCUUCCUGAAUAAUACUGAAGCUGAACCUUGGUCUGUAUCAGGCUGUCAUAAGGGAUUUGUAUGUAUGAACCCACUAAACCCUCACCACCUUCGGGGUGGGUCCCAUUUGUAUCCACAUUUCGCAGAUGAAGACACUGAAGCAAACACAGUGACUUGUCCCAAGUCCAACAGCCAGCAGGCUUAGAUGGUGUUUGAGCUUAUUCAGUCUUGUUCAGAGUCCAAGUUCAUGAACUAGCACUCCACUCUACUGCCUCUCCUAUUCUAAAACUGUUGAUAAGCCAGCAUUUUUAUUCAACAAGGAAAUGACUAUGGAUAGAGUUCUUACUGCAAACCAAGCACUGCAAAAAAAAAAAAAAGUCAUAUAAUAAAAUUGCAUUCUAUUUAUUUUAUGUAUUAUUAUACCCAUACUGUAAAUGCAGAAACUUGCUCAGGCUUAUACAGGGUCAAGGGUCAGAGCUAGAAUGCAAAUUCCAGAUGUGCCUUCCAAACUUGUGCCACCUUCCCUGACGGACACCCCAACUCACCUGGAGAAGUGCUAAUUGAGCUCCCACUGUGUGUUUGGUAUUGUGUGAACACUGAAGAAAUGAAGUCUUGUCAGUUUGCCUGGAAGUCCUUACCCCAUCACCAGGGAGACGACAAGCCAACAGAGAUAUGAGGCAAUUAGCAAAUAAUAUGAAGGUAUGUUGUGGUAAAAGUCUAGUGUUUAACGUGUAAGAAAAAAAAAUGAUACUCCUGGAAGAGCUUACAAAAUAAAUUUUUAUGGAGAUAGCAAUUACAUAGCAACUGUACUCCUGGACAGUCCUGGUUUAAAAAUAUUUGGGCUAACUGUGCUAAUUUACUUGUCAGAUCACAUGGCAUAAUUAUUAGUCUAUAAAAUGUGGUUCAUGGUUACUCAAGCUACUAAAGCCUUAUGGAGAAGACAUUCCUGAGGCUAAGCCAUGUUGGUGGACAAGCAGCAGACCUUCUGAACAGUUGCCAUAUGCUUCUGAAGGUGACAGGAUGGUUUUGCAGGCACACACUUCAUAUCUUCCUUCAUGCACUUUUGGAGCACAUAAAACAUACCCCAAGUUUUAGGAAACGGACGGGGCAUUGAGAUUACAACAGAAGAUGACAGUCACCUCACAGGAAUACAUGGACUCUAAUAAAUACAUUGAGCAUCUGCUAACUCAAUUGGAGGAGCAACACAGAAGUCUCUGGAGGGAGAAGUUGGCUGUGGCCCGACUACAGCGAGAAGUUGCCCAGAGAACAAGCCAGGGGGCCAUGCAUGAGAAGCUGAUACAUGAACUGGAAGAGGAGAGACACUUGCGUCUUCAAAGUGAGAAGCGGUUGCGGGAGGUGACCCUUGAGUCAGAGCGCAACAGAGUUCAGAUGCGCGGUCUGCAGCGGCAGUUCUCCAGGAUGGAAGAAACAGUACGAAAUCUAUUGCAGAGUCAAGGACCUACAGAGCAGAAGAGAGAAGAAUCUGUUAACAUAAUGACCUAUCAGGAAAAGCCAUCGGAGGAAGAGAGAAAACACAAGGAAGCUUUGGAUGAUCUUCACAUGGUGGUAGAUGAGGAUUCACGGAGUGAAGACAGCAGUACAGAUGAGGGCAGAGAAAAGACGAAAUUGCUGUUGGAAAGAUUGAAAGCUUUAGAGGCGGAGAAUUCAGCCUUGGCUUUGGAAAAUGAAAAUCAAAGAGAGCAGUAUGAGCGAUGUCUGGAUGAGGUAGCCAACCAAGUUGUUCAAGCUCUGCUCACUCAAAAGGAUCUAAGGGAGGAGUGUGUAAAGUUGAAAACAAGAGUGUUUGAUUUGGAACAACAGAACCGAACACUGAGCAUCCUAUUCCAACAGCGAGUCCGACCAACUUCUGAUCUGCUCCUGCAGAAACUUCACUCACGCAUCUUGGAUCUUUCAUCUGGAGAUUUGCUCUCAGAGGUGGGAAGGAGCCGAAGUCUGACGCAGUCACGAACCGAUGUUGAGCUACACGAAUACCAACUGAAUGCAAGAUCAGGAACUUCUGCCCUGAAGUGCACUGGCUUGGGGGCUGUCAUCCCCGGUCACCUCUGUCCUCGAAACAGCUGCAGUAGCAGUGAACUGUCCCUUUCCAGCACCUGCAGCGAAUACUCCAGUGGCUCCUCCUACACAUGGCAUGAUAGCAAGAACCUCAGGAAAAGGCAAUCAACACAAAACUGGGAUAAAAGGCUAAGUAUCGAUUCUUCACUCCCAAGUGGCUUUGCUAGUUCUGCAGAUGAACUACCUCCCACUCGGAUCAAGGAAAGUCAUAUUUUGGAAGGGCUAAGGAAGCUACAGAAACGCAAAGUGUUACUUGAACCCCCGUCAGUGAUAACCAAAUGGGGUUAUAAAGAUUGCAUGAACUCAAAUGAAGGAAUAUAUUCUCCAGGAAUUAAAAGUGGCAGCCUUAAGGAAUAUCCUUCCAGCAAACUACCUGGUGUGGGGAGCCCUGGCAGGGAGCUCCACAAGACAUUUGUUUAUGAUACAGAUCCUCAGGAGGAUGCCGAUGAAGACUCAUCCUCUUUAGCAUUGCUGCAAACAGUUCCAAAUGAAGGCUGCAGGCUGCACAGCAGUAAGUUAACCCACAGUGUUUCUGAUAGUCUAUUUGGCUGGGAGCCCGAUGGAAAACACUUUUCAGAAGACAUGUCCUCAGUUUACCCCAGGGAAAAGCCUGAAAAGCUAUCUCAUUGUGCCAGCAACUACCCAUUGGACAGGAAGCUGUGCCCAAGUGUGCAGGUACCUCAGGUGCAGAGGGAGAGGGAUCCGCACAACCAAGGCCAUAGUCACAUGGCUCUCAGUCUCCAGCUCUCAGACACUGAUGACAACGAAACCCUAGAUGAGCUACGCAUAGAGAGCAGUGAUGAGAAAAGCCCUUCAGACUUGUCAUUGACUGCUGACACCGACAAGUCCACUGAGAACCUGGACAUCCUCAUAGGAUUCAGAAAGUCUGAACUUGAGUCUCCUAAAGAGGAAAAAACAGUGCCCACCUACCUAGAGACGAGGCCAAAGACAUUUGGCUUUAUUAAGCAGCAAAGGGUUGUAAAAAGGACUUCUUCAGAAGAAUGUGUCACUGUAAUAUUUGAUGCGGAAGAUGGUGAACCCGUUGAAUUCAGCUCUCACCAGACUGGAGUUGUCACUGUUACCAGAAAUGAAAUUUCCAUCAACACGGCCUCUGCUGGGCCGAAGGCUGAACACACCGAACUUUCACCUCAGGGAAUUGCUCAUUUACAGCUGGGAGCUGCUGCUACGAGAGAUUCUGCCUUCUUAAAAAGAUCUGAAGAGGGAAGUGAGAAAAACAUUCCAAAGGAUGACAUGGAUAAUGUUCCUCUGGUGACCAUAGACUCCUUCAGCCCCCAGUCAGUAACGCAAAAUGCCGCGCGACAAAAACUGACCAAGCCAACACACAAUAUGUCAUGCCAGAAUAAUUCUAGGUCUGGGGCAUCUGUAGGUAUCUAUCAAAAGCAAAGUCUGACAAAAAUACCUGCCAGAGGCAAGUCUUCACCUCAGAAAUCAAAAAUAAUAGAGCCUGAAGCUUCCACACUAGGUUCCCCCUCUGGCCUAGUGACUCUUGAGAAAUCAUCAGCCUUACUUCCUGGGAAACUCUCACGGUUCAUGAAGACUGAGAGCCCAGGGCCCUUCUGUUCCAAUGCACAAACAGAAUCGCACAUUCCAAAACACCCUCUCCAAACUCCCCAUGUCCCCAAAAUGUCCAGCAGGAAGGACUCGGUCCAGUGCUCUAAGAGUCAGACUCCAGGAUUGCGGUCGAGGCCCCUUGCAGAGCCUCAUGAGAAUGGAGACCCUCCUACAAGGGACCAACAUUGUGAUUCAGAGCCAGACAUGGGAAUGAAAUCUCCUUCCCCGCCCCCUCCUCCAGGCAGGUCAGUUUCCCUCCUGGUCAGGUCCAGUUAUGACUAUCUGCCGCCACCUUCAUCUGCCAAAUCUGAAACCAGAGUCCCCAAUGACACAGCAAGGACAGUAUUCAAGACCCCUCUGCUGAAAGGAACCUUUGCUCCUGUCAUUUCUUCUAAUCAUGCCACAACAGAAGUGCAGAGGAAGAAACCUUCCGUGGCUUUCAAAAAGCCUGUCUUCACCCAUGCUCCACCCUCCACAGAAACCACGAUUCCCACCAGAUGCCCUGCUCACAUCCCCACUAGCUCUUUUGCCAUGAUGUCUCCAGGGCCUCCAAAGUUCUCUCCAAAGAGAGGUGUCCCCAAAACCUCUCCUCACCAAACACUUGGGACCAUACACACAGACACAGGGAUAAGGACACCCAAGAAUUGUCCUUCCAUCCAUGAGCCAGUGGAGAUAGCCUCCAAAAGUGUAUCUCCAGGAAGAAAAGGACAAGUGAAUGACAGUGUCCUUGCAUCCCCCAAGCCUUCCUUCUUAGGGGCCAAUGAGUCACCAUCAUCUCAGGUUAACAGUUCCUCUUCCUCCUUCAAAAGCCAUAGUGCCCCAUAUGGUUGUCAUAAUGCUCAUGAGAAAGGACUGAAAACUCGUCUCCCGGUGGGACUCAAAGUUCUCAUGAAGUCUCCCCAGUUGCUCAGGAAAAGUUCCACGGUGCCAGGAAAACAUGAAAAAGACAGUUUAAAUGAAGCCUCCAGAAGUUCUGUGGCUGUGGGCGAGUCUAAACCCGAGGACUCCGGGCAUCCAGCAAGGCUUGAGACCGCAGGGAACAGCGGAACCACCUCUACACUGGGUUCACAGGGGCCAGACAGUUUAGCAGAAGGCCUUCCCCUGGAAACAGCACUGCCAGAAUCACUGGAAAAUAGCAUCCCUGGGACUGAUGGAAAAGAUGGAGUAGAAAACAGAUCAGUGAAAAGAUCUCUUUCCUCCAGCAAACCACACCUAAAACCAGCUCUAGGCAUGAAUGGUGCCAAAGCCCGAAGCCAGAGCUUCAGUGCCCACUCAGGAGACAAACCCUCUACUCCCCCCGUGGAAGGUUCAGGCAAAAUCCGAACUCAGAUUAUUACCAACACUGCUGAGAGAGGCAAUUCUCUUACCAGGCAGAAUGCCUCUGCCGAAAGCUCUCCUCCCAAGACCUCUUCUGCUCCCACAUCUGAGAGUCCCCCCAGUGCUGGAAAGCCCCUGGGACACUCCUUCUCCCGGCAAUGCUCCCAAGGGAGCACAGGCAGUUCCAGUAGCCAGCAUGGGAGCCCAAGCAAGUUGCCCCUGAGGAUCCCCCCAAAACCUGAAGGGAUCCCCACCCCACCUGGAAUGGAACACCAGCAGGCCUUUGCCCAGGUAGAAUGCGCCGGCCUGACUGUACCUGGGGAACCAGGCAGUGACCACUGCAGGUGCCUACCCACCCCAGCAGAUUGCCCUCAAGCCUUGAUGGCCCCAGGGAGGACACAGCCUCCAAACAAUUUGGAAACAAGCAGGGCAUCCAAGCUAGAAACUUCUGGAAGGCAUCCAGAUGCCUCUAAAACUGAGACUGGUGCUGUGAGCCCAGAAGCCCCCCUCUCACCCACAAUCGAAGAAAAGGUCAUGUUGUGCAUUCAGGAAAACAUGGAAAAGGGCCAAGUGCAGACAAAGUCCACCUCUGUGGAAGCAAAGCCAAAGCCAGGGCCUUCUUUCGCCAGCUGGUUUGGUUUUCGGAAGAGCAGACUUCCAGCUCUCAGUAGCCGGAAAAUGGAUGUGUCCAAAACCAAAGUGGAAAAGAAAGAUGCAAAAGCCUUGGGGUUUGGAAACAAACAACUAAAAUCGGAAAGAAAAAAAGAAAAGAAAAAGUCUGAACUGCAGUAUGAAAUCGAAAAUGAGCUCAACGGGGGCAACACGUCGGAAGACAGUCCCGAGGUUGGUUUGCAAAGCAAAAAUAACCUGAAAACAUCACCAGACAUUUACAAUCGAAUGAAGUUGGAACCAAGAAACAGACCCAUCCCUGUUAUGAGUUCAGCAAAAGAUAACUUUAUGACGGAACUCUUAAACAGAGUUGAUAAGAAAGGAGCUCAACAGACAGAGAGUGGAUCAAAGAAUGUUUCCUGCAGGAACAUGUUAAAGGGCAGUUCCCAGGGCUCCUGUCUCAUCGGCAGCUCUAUCAGCACUCAAGGAAGCCACAAGAAAAAUGUCAAAACCAAAGCGGAUGUGGUGACACCCAGAGACUCCCUGAUAAAAGAGGCAAACGAAAACUUACAAGAGGAUGAAGAAGAUACAAUUGCAGAUUCCGCAUUUCAGAGCCACAACCUAGAAUCAAACUGCCAGAUGAGAACCUUGGACAGUGGAAUUGGAACCUUCCCACUCCCAGAGUCGGGAAAUCGCUCAAUGGGACGGUACAUAUGCCCACCAGACUCUCCGGAGGAGACCGACCCCCUCCUGUCUCUCCAGCCAGCUCCUUCCACAGCUUCUUCCAUCAGAGCCCAAACCCUAGAACGCGAAGUGCCUUCCUCCGCGGACAGCCAGUGCUCCACAAAGACUGCCAUCGUUCAUUCCAUAUCCGACCCCAUCAUGACAGCCAGGGGCAUGCGACCUCAGAGUCGCCUUCCCAAACCAGCCUCCUCAGGAAGAAGCAGUCUCCAAAAGCAGAAGGAAGCAGGGCCAACACCUCGGACUUGCUCAUCGUUCAAAUACGCCGAAGACACCAUGGCAGGCCAGCCACUUCCAGGCUGGGGCGGUGAGGAUGCUGCUGCUGAGACCCAGAAAUUGAAACAAGUUGAAGAAACAAAAGAAGAUUCUGAAAAUAGAUUAUCUAAAAUUUCCCUGGAGUCAUUCAAUAAAUUUAACAGCAAUACCGUGAUUUUAUUAGAAAAAGAGAACUCUCUGAACAAGGUUGAAGGACAAAAGGAAGAAAAAGAAAAAAAUGAAGAGGCAUCUUUAAGUAGCUCAGAUAGACCUGGGGUAGAUAAUUUGGAAUCUUUGAGUGAUUCUUUAUAUGAUAGCUUCUCUUCUUGUGCAAGUCAAGGUUCAAAUGAUGUAUAAAGGACUUUUCCCCUCUUAGUGACAGCUGGGAAUAGUGCACUUAAGGAAAUGGGGCGGGGGUGGGAGAUAUAGAGAUAACCAUAAACUAUUGCAACUCCAGAGUCUACCUUGUCACAUUCACAGCAGGCGACCCAGCAGAGCAUAUGUCUCUGGUAGGGCAAUAAAGAACAACUCCAUUUAUUGCGUUUCAAGGGGAUUAAAAAGUAAACACGAUACAGACUUCUUAAUUUUGCACUUUUUUUCGAAUACUUGUACAGAAGUUGUAAAUGUUUUGGAAGAGAAAUUAUAUUUGUAGGAGGAAAAUGAUAGCAAUAAAUGGAAUCAGUGCCAUGCUCUUGAAUUGAUGUACUAAGUCUUAGAAGUGGAUGAUAAUAUAUAUUUUUUAAAAUUUCGACUAAAGAUUUUGUGAAGUUCAUUGUUCUAGUCCUCAAAUUAUUUGUGGGUACACCUAAAACAAGGCCUACGGGGAAAAAAAACAGAGGGAUCAUGAUAAUCUCUAUCUUACAAUAACAUUUUGAUAGAAAUUUUAAUUCUACCAUCAUUUGAAAAGUAUUGCCAGAGAGAUUCAAGUCAUAGGGAUAAGUGUAAUUCUGCCUUUCCUGAAAAAUAAAGUGUGAAUACAGAUUGGAAGUGUGACACUGAAUCUAGUAGCAAUCUAACCCUAAUUCCAAUAGCAGAUUUCCCUCCAAACAUCUCCUUACAUUCUCUUCUACUCAGUGCUUCUCUCUGAUUCUGAGUAGUAUUUGCUGAUCUUAUCUUCUUGCUCUUUUUAUUAAAAUCUGAGUACUCUCAAAAUGAAAGCAAAUUCCUAUUUGCCAUGUUCACUUUUUAAAACAUAAAAUGGUUGGUGCUAUAAAAAAAUUCUUACUUUUAAUAUUCUUUUUUUUUCUACAAAGACUGUUUAUAUGUAAGGAUAAAUUCUAUUUUAAAGGUUAUGUGUAUUUUUUCUAGAUGUGAACUAUUUAUAAUUGCUUUUGUACAGGAGCUUGUAAACUAGACAUAAUAGAAAUAUUUUUAGGAUCUAUAUGGUUACUUUAGCACACACUUGUUCUUUAAAGGAUAUUGUAUGAUCAGUGUUAUUUUGUUAAUUUGUGCAAUUUGUUAUAUUUGAAUUUUGUUACCUUUAAUGAAAAUUAUGUAAAGUGCCCUUGUCUUUCAGACUUUUAAAAAUCCCUUUGUUCCAUUUCUGAAUAAAAGUCCUGUCACAAUUGCA